GCAGGCGCAGCUGCUGCGGCGGCGGCGGCGCAUGAAGGCCAACGACCGCGAGCGCCAGCGCAUGCACCUGCUCAACGGCGCGCUGGACCGGCUGCGCGGCGCGCUGCCCACCUGCCCCGACGACGCGCGCCUCACCAAGAUCGAGACGCUGCGCUUCGCCUACAACUACAUCUGGGCGCUCAGCCAGACGCUCAGCCUGGUGCAGCAGCAGCAGCAGCAGCAGCAGCAGCAGCAGCCGCCCCUGGCGCUGGCGCCGGCCGCGGGCGCGGGCCUCACGCUCAGCGUCGGCGACGUCACGAUACAGUAG